GGGUGGAGGAGGAAGAAGAGGUGGAGGAGAGCCGAGGGCUAGAGCCCGAGGCCAGAGAGGGUCCCUCCCGCCGGGCCGGGCAUCCCCGCUAGCCCGCCCCUGCCCCCGCCCCCUCCCCGCCCGCGGCUCCUCCUCGCUUCGCCAUGGUGGAGCAGGGAGACGAGGCGCCGCUGCUGCGCUGGGCCGAGGGCCCAGCCGUAUCCCUGCCGCAGGCCCCCGAGCUCCAGGCCAGCGGCCGGGGUUGGGGCGCGGGGGGCGGCGGCGGGGGGCUGGGAAGCGGGCCUGCAUCCGGGGCCCGGCGGGCUGCAGAGCCCGGGAAGAAGAAGGAGGAGGAGGAAGAGGAGGAAGAAGAAGAAGAGGCGGAGUUCGGUCCCGGGGAACUGCUGCGGCGGCAGUCCGAGCGCCUGCCUCUGGAGGAGGAGGAGGACCAAGUGGUGGCCGUGUUCGUGGUCACUUUCGAUCCCCGCACGGGCAACAUGCUGGAAUGGUGUCUGCCCCAAGAUAUUGAUCUGGAAGGAGUUGAAUUCAAAUCCAUGGCCAGUGGAUCCCAUAAAAUUCAGUCUGAUUUCAUCUAUUUCCGAAAAGGACAUUUCUUUGGCCUUGCCUGCUUCGCCAAUAUGCCUGUGGAGAGUGAACUGGAGCGAGGAGCACGUAUGAAAUCUGUGGGCAUUCUCUCGCCUUCUUACACCCUCCUUUACAGAUAUAUGCACUUCCUAGAGAAUCAAGUCCGACACCAGCUGGAGAUGCCGGGACAUUAUUCCCAUCUGGCUGCCUUCUAUGAGGACAAAAAAGGUGUGCUUCAUGCUGGGCAGGGAAAACCCAACUCUGUGCAUCCUGUACACUGGCUGCCCUCCAUCCAUCGAUAUAUGUAUCCAGAGAUGAAGAUCACACACCCAGCUGGCUGUAUGUCCCAGUUUAUUAAAUUCUUUGGGGAGCAGAUCCUCAUCCUUUGGAAGUUUGCUUUGCUUCGAAAACGUAUUUUGAUAUUCUCUCCUCCACCUGUGGGAGUUGUGUGCUACAGAGUAUAUUGCUGCUGCUGCCUGGCCAAUGUCUCUCUGCCGGGCAUAGGAGGAACAAUUCCUGAAUCCAAACCCUUUUUUUAUGUGAACGUGGCAGAUAUUGAGAGCCUAGAGAUAGAAGUGUCUUACGUGGCAUGUACAACAGAGAAGAUUUUUGAAGAGAAGCAUGACUUGUAUGAUGUUUAUGUGGACAACCAGAAUGUGAAGACACACCAUGAACACCUGCAGCCGCUGCUUAAGCUCAACAGUGCUGAUAAAGAAAAAUACCGGAGGCUUAACGAGCAGAGGCAGAUGUUGCUGUACUCUCAGGAGGUGGGUGAGGACUGCAACCCAUGUGAAGAAGACCUCUUUGUUCUGUUUUUUCUGGAGCAGAACAAUAGGAUAUUCCAGACUUUGCUGGAGGUCUCCGCAAGCCAAGAUAAGACCCUGACAGCAGAGCAUGCCCGGGGUAUGGGCCUGGAUCCCCAAGGGGACAGAAGCUUUCUUAUGGACCUGCUGGAAGCAUAUGGCAUUGAUGUGAUGCUAGUCAUUGAUAAUCCUUGCUGCCCAUAGAAAGGGUAUGAUUCCCUUAUGUGAAGAGAAGUGUCCCUGGAGUUCACCCCACUGGUUCCUAAAGGAUUCCAUUUUUAUUUAACAAGUUUAUAAGAAAGAAUAUUAUUUAUACUUUCCAACAAAUGUAAUUUUUACAUUUUCCUUUUUUCCCUUUCUCUAUUCCCCAAACUGAAUGACCUUGGUUUUGUAUUCUGGCUCUGAUAGAACUUUUACCCCAAAGCUGCUCCGGUUUUUGGGCCUGGUCUGAUCUUGGGAAGGGAGAGAGAAAGGUGAUUUCUUAAUGAGAUCUUCUAGAGUAACUCAGGGAUGAGAUCGAAUGGAAAAUCAGUUACCAGGAUAGGUUAUGGGAGGUCUGCUUUUCUAAAACAUUGGAAUAGACUUUGGGAAGAUCAAAGAAUCUCUUUUAACUGGUUGUGUGCAAAGACAACCAUCUGUCCAGAUGCCCAAAGGCAAGGGACCAGAUACCCUCUCUAAGUCUCUAGAUACAUUUUAGGACUUUGAUCCUCUGAUCUCAUGAUUUCCUCUUUGGAAGUGACUGUAGGGUAGGACACAAGUAUGCUUCUCAAUCUAAGUACUACUGUAAACUGGUAUGAACAUCACAGUAAACUUGGCAAGACUUGAAUGAAGCCGUGAAACCUUUCUCAGGAUGCUAUAAGGCCAUUCAUUCCCCUUUCUCUCCGUUCUUUAUUCUAUAUAACUCAGGCUGUAGAGUUUGAAUGGGGGCAAGACUUGACUACCAUGCCCAUUGUCAAAAAUGUUCCUACCAUUUAAUUUCCAUUCAGGACGAUCUAUAACUGGGUUUAAAAAGCAAGUUUUAUAACAGACAAGUGGCAUGUAACUAAGGAGGAUAAACUCUUCAAAAGGUUCUAGCAGACUUUCUGUGACAGAAUCUGUAUUUGGGCUGAGUAGCUCAGUUGGUCAGAGUAUUACAUUAAACAAAGCUAAGGAAAUGGAUGUGAUCUCUUUUAAAAGUCCUCUUUAUUUUUAACAUGAAGGGCCAUUUAUGGAAUUCUUGAUUCUUGUAAUUGAAGCUAGGGACAGAGAAGCUUAAUUUAUUCCCUUCCUAGAUAGGAAGGAAUCUCAACAGUGCCUUCUCUCAGGGUGUAGUGGUCAAGAAACCACUGAACAUGAGUUACAGAAGCAUCCAAGUUCCCACAAAACUUUUUGUAUGGAUGUUUUUCAUAGUCAUGUUCUAAGUAGUGAGUGACUGCCCUCCUGUUAACUUGGAGGAAGAAGGGAGGGAAUUGUUAAAUUAGCUGCAAUUAGCAGCCUGCUCCUGUGAGCUACAAUGAGACCUUUCACUAUGUAGGCCCAUUGGAGUAGUGAUGUAGAAACUAUUCUUUCUAUUGGGUCUCAGUUUGUCUCAUCACUCGGGCUCUUAGUGGAAAGUGCUUUCUCCCUUUUCUUUCUCUCAUUAUGCUAUUUAAAAAUAGAUAUAUGUGCCCGUGAUCACCAGGUGAAUUGCCCAUAGUUGGGAUCAACAGUGAGGAAAUAAUGAAUUGUAUUUUUUACCAUCAUGGUUGACAAAAGCUUCUGUUUUCUUUAGAAGUGUUUGCUCAGCCUGGCUUUUAAAGGAUGUGAAAUAAGUAAGUACUGUGAAAUGUAGAUAUACUUGAUGGUAAUACAAAUACAUUCUCCAUUUUUAGGGCAUAACUUUUUUUUAGUAAACAAAUAAGUAUGGACUUCUAAGUAUUGCCAGUAGACUUGAUCAAUUUCUUUUUUGUUGGGGGCAGUAGCCAGCAUUCCAGUGAUAGAAGUAUUUAUAAAGGAAAAAAAAAUCAAAUUUCUUCUUUGGAACAUCCUGGGCCUUCUUUUUUUGCCACUAUUACUCCACUGUCUAAAAUGCCCCCACACUCAUAGGAUCUAAGGCUUAAAAAGACCUUUGGGAAUAUAUAUUCAACCUGAGGUGCAAUCCAGUCCUUUCUGUCAUUAUUCACUAAUUUUUUUCUUAUACCAGCAGGUAAAGCUUUUCCCCUCUAAUCCCUUCAGAGUAAAAGUACCCAGGCCUAAUCAUCAUCAUCAAUUCUCUUGGAGCAGACUGGAAAUGAAGGGCCUCAUGGUGGAAAGGUCCUCACUUAGGUACACAGGAUGUCAGAACUACUUCACAGGCAUUAGCCAGCACAAGCCAUGCUGUAGACUCUUUGUUUUAAAGUCUAAGCUUAUGUUGCAAAGAGCAUUAGAGUGUUAGGUAGUGCUAUAUGGAAAGGAGACGGGAUUAAAAUCUGACAUGAGCUUUCUGAUCUUGUUAGACCUGAAGCAUUCCUUCUCCCUAGUGGGUGAUUCUUGUUUUGCAAUACUGGACCAGGGGUUUUGUACCCUACUGAGCCAUAGUAAAUAGUCACCGACUUGAAAUUGAAAAUAAUUUGCUCUUAUAGGGCAUCGGCCAUCAAAGCAUCAUAAAUGUUUUUCAUUCCCAUUUUGGGGGAAGGGAAAAGGGGAAGCAGGUUAAGAGAUUAAAAGGAAUGAGGAAUUUGCUAGGUAGAAUGUGUGGCACUUACUUGCAUAUGUAAUUUACUGUUCUUCCCUUUGUUAAAAUAAAGCAAAAUUUGGGACCAAAAUAUGUUUAAAAAAAAAAAAAACUGGUGUGAAAAUUCCCAUACCAAAAUAUCUAUUGAUCCACUGCAUUUUAACCUGAGCAGUGGAAGGAUGAAGAGAAAUUUAAAACUUUACUGCCGCCUUGUUUUUAGUAGAACAAGCUUAACAGAAGCUUAUAGGAAUUGAAGAUGUUCAAAAUAUUAACAAACUAGAUAAAUCCUUUAAAAUAGAACCAUGAGAUUGCCUUUAAAGUAGUAUUUUGGGAGAACCUCCUGUGAAGAGCAACAACUAAAUUGACCCUUUUAAUGCAGUGAUACUCCAAGAUAAGGUUAAAAACUUACACUGUAGUAGGCACAAGUUACAGAUGUCAGCAGUCUUGCCCAAUUCCAAUAGAUAAAUAGCUCAUGCCGGUAAGAACUUAGGGGCAUGAAGAAUCAGUGUUCUCCUAAGGUCUGAUGCUUGAUAGCAGCAAAAGCAAAAAAAAAAAA